AUGGAUUCCAAAAAGGUACAUUCUAAAAAAAGAACAAACCAAAGUAAAUAUGAACGUAAUUUCAAAAAUUCGUCAAAAACAACAAAAAGGAAAAUUAGAGAUAAAAAAUUAAAGGCUGGUUUAAAGAAAUUGGAUGAACAAUAUAACGAAGCAGUAUCUUUCGCUGCAGCAACCGAAUAUUUAUUACCGGAAACUCAAGGUUUUAUUGAAACAGAAAAUGACCUAGAAAAAACUUUUAAAGUAACGCAAGACGAAAUUAAAGCCUCCGUUGACAUAACAACUGCUAAUAAGGCCUUGGACUUGAAAUUGAAUGAAUUUGCUCCAUACAAAAUUAACUAUUCCAGAAAUGGUACCCAUUUAUUAAUCUGUGGUCGUAAGGGCCAUAUCGCAUCUAUGGAUUGGCGUAAGGGCGAAUUGCGUGGUGAGUUAUUUUUGAAUGAAACAUGCAAUGAUGCUACUUAUUUGCAAAAUGAACAAUAUUUUGCAGUUGCUCAAAAGAAAUAUACCUUUAUCUAUGAUCACGAAGGUGUUGAACUACAUAGGUUAAAGCAGCAUGUUGAAGCCAAGCACUUAUCGUUUUUGCCUUACCAUUACUUAUUAGCAACGUCUGGUCAGACAGGUUGGUUAAAAUAUCAGGAUAUUUCCACUGGUGCUUUAGUCUCCGAAUUAAAAACAAAAUUAGGGCCAACAACAUCAAUGUGUGUAAAUCCUUGGAACGCUGUCAUGCACUUGGGACAUGGAAAUGGAACUGUCACAUUGUGGGCACCAAACAUGUCUACCCCUUUGGUUAGAUUAUUAUCUGGUCGUGGCCCAAUAAAUAGUAUUGCAAUUGAUAGAUCUGGUACAUACAUGGCAACCGUCUCAGCUGAUAAAAGUAUGAAAAUUUGGGAUAUACGAAACUUUAAAGAAUUACACAACAUUGACAAUUUACCAACUCCUGGCACUAAUGUUGAAAUAUCAGAUACCGGUUUAUUGGCUAUGAGCUGGGGUUCGCAUGUUACACUAUGGAAAGAUGCUUUAAAAAGCAACUCUUCUAGCAAACCGUAUUUCACCUCUAGUAAAAUUCCAGAUAGAAACUCCCCGUAUAUGUCACAUUUGUUCCCAAAUAAUAAAAUCGAAAAUAUGAAAUUUGUACCCUUUGAGGAUUUGUUAGGUGUUGGCCACUCUAAAGGUGUUACCAAUCUAAUCGUUCCUGGCUCUGGUGAGGCUAACUUUGAUGCUUUAGAGCUUAAUCCAUUUGAAUCUGCUAAACAAAGACAAGACCAAGAAGUCAGAUCCUUGUUAUACAAAUUACCAGCUGAUUCUAUUUCAUUGGAUCCAAACAUUAUUGGUACAGUCGAUAACAAAGCUUCUGCUAUAAGACUAAAAAGUAAAGACAUGAACAAUAUUUUUGCUGAUAAAAAUUCCACAUCCGAAAAAAAUAUUCCUGAUAUUAGAGCUGACGUUAAAAGCAAAAACUCCGGCUUAAGAGGUUUCUUACGUAAAAAAACCAAGAACGUCAUCGAUGAAAGAAAACAAAGAGUUGAACAUCUACUGAAAAUGGAAAAGGAUGCCCGCCAAAAGAAAAUUAAAAUUGAACGAGGUGAAAUAUCAGAAGAUCAUCAAGAUCCAGUAGACGAAGCGCUAAGUAGAUUUAGUUGA